AUGCACUACCCCCCUCAAUCCCUACUAACCAUCCUCUUCCUCCUAUCCCUCUUCCCCAAUCUCCCGUCCGUCUGUGCGUUGAACUUACCAUUUGGACAUUAUCAAUCGCAAGAACCAAGGCAACACGAUGCCAAAAACACGGUGGAUGUAGAAUUACCAGAUAUGGGAUUCGUCAAGACGAGACAGAGCCCACGGCCGAUCAUCACAGUCCCGCAAGCAGACCUGCGGCCGUUCCUCCUCGCGCUAAGGGAGACGGAAGUUAGCAUGAUAGCUAUUAUCGAUGCUAUGCUUGGGGAUCAAGGGAGUGCAAAUGUAACUGCAAUGCCAAGUGAGACGAGUUUGUUCCAAUCGAUACCGAUAUCGACAUCGACAGCAGGACUAGCACUGCCAGCAAUACAAACACCAACACCAACACCAACACCAAUAGCGACUCCAGAACCAGAGCCAGAACCUGUACCGGAUUCCAUUCCUGCCUCUGAACUUACAACAAUAUCGACUAUAACGACCCGAAGUACAACUACGAUUACGAUCACGACACCAGUGGCUCUUACGAAAACGAGAAGCGCGAGUGUGGAUGCUGUUAGCACCAUAGCGAGUUCAGAAGAUGCCAUUCAUACAGUUCCCGUGGCUGCUCCUAGCACCACGACCAUCUUUUUAACAACCCGAGACACAGUCCCUGUGGCUACUCUUAGCACCAUAACGAGCUCACAGGGAGUCCUAGAUACAGUGCCCGUGGCUGCUCCUAGCACCACGAUAUCUUUUCCUGGCAACAUGAACACUAUCGCACAACUACCUUCGUCAACAAGCUCAUUAACCGUAGUACCAAGCCUCCAAGUCCCAGACCCCGAGAAACGCUACACAUUCGACGCGACCUCCUCCAAGAACAUCGCCGUCUACUUCGGCCAAAGCGAUGCUACCCAGAGCUCCUCCCUAGAGGCCCAAUGCGCAGACCCGAACAUCGACAUCGUGAUCCUCGCCUUCAUCGUCUCACAGCCCGACGGGUCCAAAUAUCCAUCUAUCAAUUUUGGGCCCGCGUGCGGUGGACAAACUGAUGCCAUGCGUGCGUCUGCUCCUGGUUUAUUGAGUUGUCCGCAGUUGGCGGGCAUGAUUACGAGCUGUCAGAACACGUAUGGGAAGAAAGUGUUGUUGAGUAUGGGGGGCUCGACGGGGGGUUUUAGUUUUGCGGGGGAUGGACAGGCGGCGGCGUUUGCGGAUACGCUUUGGGGGUUGUUUGGACCGGUGGGGGGUAUGGAUGUUAUGUUGAGGCCGUUUGGGGGCGUGGAGGUUGAUGGGUUUGAUUUUGACAACGAAAACAACAACCCAACCGGUCUCGCCGCCGUAGCACACACUCUACGCGCUCACUUCUCCUCCAGCAGCACCAUAAAAUCAUACUACCUCUCCUCGGCCCCGCAAUGUCCAUUCCCGGACCAAUCCAACCCCGUUGAUCUAUUACUACAGUGCGACUUCGUCUGGGUGCAGUUCUACAACAACCCCUCGUGCGAACUCGGGUCCCCGGGCUUCGAGGCGAGCGUGAGGCAGUGGAGCGACGCGUUGAGCAAGGGCGGCAGUAAGGCGAAGUUGUACCUUGGGGCCCCGGCGUGGGCGCAGGCGGGACCGACGGCUGGGAGUGAGGGCAUGUUGAAUUUGGAGGGUGGGAAGGAUAUCAUUGCGUAUGCUAAGGAAGGGUUGAGUUCGUGA